AUGCUCUCUGCUCUCGUCCUCGUAGCUCUAGCCGCCCUGUGCGCUGCGACGUUCCAGCCUAUAGGGGCCCCCUUUCUUUCCCCAGUCACCACAGCACCCGGCUUCGCAGCGCAGGUCAUCUUCUCGAACCUCACCGCGCCCCGCGGGAUAGCGUUCGACGACCAGGACAACCUGCUCGUUGUCGAAAGGGGCCUCGGCGUGACGGCGUUCACCAAGACUACCCAGGGAGGGGCCUCUGGGUGGGAGCGGACCGUCGUGAUCAGCGACCCUGGGUUUACACAUGCUAUCGAAGUCGACGGCUCGAGCCUCUUCGUGAGUACCGCAAGCGAAGUCAGGCUGUACAAAUACGAUUCCGCGACCAAAACCGUCAGUGGAUCGACCGUGGUCGUUAACGGACUCCCUGCCGAUGGAGAAUUGACGACGCACGCAUUGCUACUCUACAAGCCCAAGACCUCUGCGACGCGCUCAGCCACGGUCUUGUUCGUGGGGAGCGGUCCUCUCACCAACAUCGACCCCACGGCCCGCGACCCAGCGUCCGGUCGGUCCCAAGUUCGUGGCUUCAAACUGUCUACACCGGGCUCCGCCCUCCCGCAGACGUGGCUUUCCGGGGAGCUCAUUGCGUACGGAAUCAGAAAUCCCGCUGGCUUCGCCAUCCCUGCAGUACAGCUUUCCGCGGCCGACGCGCGGCCUGGCCUGUUUAUUCUGGAGAACGGGGCGUCGAUCGACGACGUGCCUGGAUUCACACCGAAGUUUGUGAACGACAACCCCGCCGACGAGCUCGAGCUCGUAGCAGGGACCGGCGCUCUUGGCAGAGCGUACGGUUUCCCCGACUGCACCACCUUGUGGAAUCCGACGGCAGACCCUGUUGGGAAUCCGCAGUACGUUGGGCUGCCGCAAGGCGCCCAGUUCAGCUUGAAUCUCGAUCCACUUCGCAACGACGCAUGGUGUGGACAGCAAGCUAACAACGUACCUCCCUCGUUGAGCUUCCAGGCGCACUCGGUACCUCUCGAUAUCAAGUUCUACGAACCCGGAGCCGUUUCAUCCGUAACAUCAUUCCCCACAACAUAUGCGAACGACGCAUUUGUUUCCUUCCGUGGUUCGUUUAACAGAGAUCCCCCCACCGGCUAUGGCGUUGUCCAUGUGCCUUUCCCCAUCACUUCCCCAACUCAAGCAUCUCCGUUUAUCGUCCAAGCAGCUGACUUGUCCACUUGUCCUGGCACUUGCAUCCGCCCCGUUGGUUUGUCAUUUAGCAAGGAUGGACGCCUGUACGUCAGUAGCGAUAGUAGUCGCGAGCUUUUCGUUGUCCAGCGUGGUCCUACGUUUACCGUAGCACCCCCAGGUCCCACGCUUACUAUUCCUUUCCCAACCCCCGAGGCUUCGUAG